UCAUUAUUAUAUCGUUUCAUUAAAAAACAAAAUAUUCAGUAGCGUCAUUUGUAAUACACACAAAAAACAUUUAUUUCCCAAUCAGAAAAUUAUGUGAAGAUUCGUUCAUUAUUAAGUAAACUCAUCAAUUUGCCCAAUGCAAAUUAUCAUUUGCUCAAUGAAAAUAUGAGUCAAUAAAUAUAGCAAUAAAACGAGUGCAACAUUUUCUUUCAAAACAUAUGAUUCGUGUCGUAUGUGCUGUUAUUACAAAGUCUUUGUGUUAUUAUUUCGAUUUAUGUAUUUACAGUAAAAUGGCAAAUUUUACAACAGACGGUAAAAUAUGCAUAGAGCGAGAGUUGGAAAUCACCCAGGGCAAAAAGGACUUCGAUGAUUUAGUGUCUCGAUUCGAUAUAAUUGAAAGUUGUAAAUGGAUCACAGAGAAUAACUUUGAGAAGGUAUGCCUUCAAUUUCCUGAUGAAUUACUUCCUGUGAGUGCUAAAAUUUACGAAGAAAUUAAAAAGAGAAUUGAUGUUGACUUAUACAUUCUUGGAGAUACGUCUUAUGCCAGUUGCUGUGUGGACACGGUAGCAGCCAUGCACGUACAAGGCAAUGCUGUCAUCCACUAUGGGCACAGCUGCUUCUCCAAGACUAAUAUACCGGUCUUCACAGUAUUGUCUAAGAAGGAGCUGGUCGUAAAGGCUACAAUAACAAAGAUACAUCACCAAUUUAACUCUGAUGAGAAUGUCAAAUUAUGCCUUUUCUAUGACCCCGAUUAUGAACACUGUAAAGAUGAACUAGCAAAGUGGUGGUUCCAGAAAUACCAGCAGAGCUACAUUGCUGUUGUAUCAAUAGAAGAGAAACCAGGCAGGUUUUUGGGCAGACUGGUGAAAGACAAGGAUGGAGAGAGCCAUUCAGUGGAGGUGCUCAAAGAUUGUAUUUGUAUCCACAUCGGAACUAGGGGGCAGACAGUCUUCAACUACACAGUCUCUAUUGCAGCAAGAGAAUGGUACCUUCAUGAUCCAGACACAGACAUGAUGGAACGCAUGGAAGAGACGCCGUGGUUCAAACGCCGUAGGUUUCUGGUUGAGAAGUGUAAGGAUGCCAACACUGUGGGCAUCUUGGUGUGUAAACUCGCAGGGGACCAGACCAAAGAUAUCAUCAGCAGGAUGAAACAACUGUGCAGGGUCAAUGGGAAGAAGAGCUAUAUUGUUUCAGUUGGAAAACCUAAUGUGGCUAAGUUAGCUAAUUUUCCGGAGAUUGAUAUCUAUGUAAUGAUUGCGUGUCCAGAGAAUGACUUAUACGGCAACAGAGAUUUCUACAGGCCUCUAGUCUACCCAUUUGAGCUGGAGGUUGCUCUCAAUUCCAAUAGAGAACCUUAUUUCACACAGCAUGUUACAGAUUAUGAUGAAUUGUUACCAGGUAGAAGAUAUUACUGUGAUAUAGAACAAGUUAAAGAAGGCACAGAUGUCAGUCUUAUCACUGGCAAAAUACGAGAAACUAAAGUUAAUCCCACAGAGGAUCAAAGUAUGGAGUUAGCUGAGAAGCAAAACUGGGCUUUGGAAAAUAUCGGACAUAACCUUCAGGACAGAUCUUGGAAAGGUCUAGAACAAAAACUAGGGGAGACCGAAGCGAAACAGGCAGAGGAAGGCCGCAAAGGAAUACCUUUACAAUACAGUAAUGAACCAGAGUGAAUAAUUUAAAUUUUAUUUCAUAUUUACAGUUUUUUUUGGGUUACACUGGUACAAAGCUUCAUGUUGUACUGGAGUAAGACAUCAAUUUUACACAAUUGAGUAUGUAUAUAUUAUAACUAGUAUUUGUAUGUAGCUUGUAGAAUUCUAAAUGGGUAUUAAAAUGUCUAAAAAGAAAAUGUAAAAUAAAAUUGUUAUUUAAUGCCAUCAUUUCUCACACAAGUAAAAUUGGAUUCACAACAUCAAUCAACUACGUACAUAAAAGAUUUUUAAUUUCCAUUCUUUGAAA